GCAGAGAAUAGGAGAAUGAAAGCAAAUGGUAUGGUUGUUGCCUGUAUAGUUGCAAGAAAUUCCUUCAACAUGUGGCCGUUGGUGAUGAACGUGCUGAGGACGUAUGCUCCUUACAUCACUUUGCCUGCUGCAGCAGUCAUAGGGUUUGUGGGGUACAACAUAGAGAAGCAUUUUCGUACCCCUCCACCCAACCGCCCAUCUGUUGAAGAGCAGCGGAAUGAGAGACUUUUGAAGGAGAUCCUGGAAACCAAGGAAGCAACACCUGCACCUCUCAGUGAAAAGACCUUUGUUCCAAAGACGAUAUUUGAGAAAAAUUUGUCACCUUCCUUAGUGAAAGAGGAAUGAGGCUGUGACGUGUGUAGGCUGAAUAUGUGAAUAAUUAAUACGUCUUAAUAUGGAUAUUGCAAUUAUUUUAUGGGGAGGGAAUGUCAAUGGAAGGAGCCAUAUUAUGGACUGCUUACUUUAACCUUUUAAAUUCAGGACCCCAACUCACUUUUACUAUUAAAUAUGGUCAGGGGAAGAUAAAGAAAUAGAAAAUGAGAUGUUCUUAUAAGUUUUUGCUGAAGAAAGUUUUCCCAGUAUAACAAAUUCCACUUUCUCUUAAUAGAUGCAGAUAUUAGCUUAAGGAGUGGGUCAUGAAAGUAUGGACAGACAGCAAUACGUCAACAUUCUAUAACUGUUAUAUAAUCUAUUCUGAAUAAUCCCAUUGCUUUAUAUUUGUCCUUGCUACGGCAAUAGUACUCAUAAUGUAUAUUGUUUAGUACAAGACUAGGGAGUCCUUCCAUGUAAGAAUGGAGUCACCCUUCAAAAGCUACAGUGCAAAUAGAGAGAGAGAGGAUGAGGAAAAGUUGAUUAUGUGCACCUAAAAUUGAUAACUAUAUUCAUAUUUAUUCAGUUAUCAUAACAAACUUUAUUCAUAGAGAAAUGCUAGGCAUAGAAAAUAUUUUUUUCAAAUUAUUAUUAUUAUAUUAUGAGAAUGAAUUGAAUAUUCAAGAUAUCUUUAGCCCAUUCUGUUGGUAGUAAUCUUAAGCUAUAACACACUGUGCUGAACUAUUAAUAUCAAGCAAGUAAUGCAUAGAUUUUCUUUUAAACCAUCUAGUAUAAUAAUUUCCACAUUUUCUUCUAGAUUAUCUAUUAAAUGAUUUAGACAAUUUUUUAAAGUCUAAAACAAGUUCAUAAUUUUACACCAAAUGAAAGCUCCUUCUUCACCUGGCCGUUUUGAUUGUAAUUCCAAAAGUAAGAAUGAGUUUCGGUCCUUGAUUGUUUUUCUUUGUUAUUCUUUUCUUACACUGCUUCUGUUUAUACUCCUUUUCUAAUAUGCUCUUCUUGUUACUCCUAUCCGUCUUCAUCUGUUUUUCUUCCCAUUAUUUGUCUUCUUCCUUUUAUUAUUGUUAUUAUUAUUAUUAUUAUUAUUAUUAUUAUUAUUAAAAUUAUUAUUAUUAUUAUUUUUGUUGUUAUUGGUUUUGUUAUUACUGAUAUUUUUAUUAGAAGUAGCACUAUGAUUAUUUUUAUCAUGAUUAUUAUUUUUGGUUUAUACUUUAGUUGCUAAACUCUUUAUAAAAUGUCACAUUUAAAUAGUUUAUAAAAAUGGAACAGAAUAAAUUUCUAAUUGUAUAUCAUAUGAUUUUUAUUGGCUAAGCAUGCAUAAGGUAUGAGAAUUGUAAAUCUGUAUUGAUGAGAGAAAGAGUUGAUUACUAUAGAUUUAUUUCAAGGAAUUAUGCAAUAAAUAAAGGUGCUAUUUUUUUUAUUAUGAAAAUAAAUUGGAAUUCUUAUUGAAAAAUGCUGGUUUGGAGAGUGAAUGUCUCUGUUGUGCAUGGUUUUUAUAGAAUCUAUUUUAAGGAUACUGUAAAUAUUCACUUAGGUGAAAAAGAGCUUUCUGUUUAAAGAAAGGAAUGAUUAACAUGUAAAUAUAAAGAGUUUGAAAAAUGAA